AUGGAUGCCAUCCUCCUUUCGCCGGUUAUCUCGGCGACCAUCUUGAUUGAUGCCGAGGUAACUGCCGUAGCGCAGCUUAACGAAAUUCUUCGGCGCUCCGGACUCCAUGUUUCCACAGGGUCCACUCAACUACACGUUACUCCAGAAAUGGUUUAUUUACUCUCGCGCGACGAUGUGGCGGUUCUCGCUCGUUUGGCCCGUGUUUUGGUGAAACAUGCAUCUGUACAAUGUGACUUUGGCGCUCUCUUCAGCGUCCUUUGGGGCCACGCAAAGGAUGUGGAGAAGCUACUUGACAAAUAUGCGCAGAAACCCUUGAAUGAUGAGUUGUGGUCGCGAGAGACAGCAUCGCGACAAGUAGUGUCCGAUUUAAUGUUUUUGGCACAUGUAUUCCACAUACUACGACACAUCGAGGAGCCGUGUGCACGUGAGGAAGUGAGGGAGGCUGUAAGCAUCGUGCAGAAGGAUGUGGAGUUCGUAGCAAGACUUGCGCUCAAGGUGGGGCAGGCGUUUGAUCUUGCCCUCAAGAACCUCAAACGCAGUGAUACUGUCUUGUUGCGUGCUCUAGAACUCUGUCAAGCCACAAUUGAGAUGUUCGCUGCAGCCAUCGCCACGCGGAAGACGCUAGACGUGAGUCCUCUACUUGACUUAUUCAACUCCGACCUGGCAUGGCGACUUAGUGGGGCUGGUGUGGUCGCAACGGAGAGUUACUGUGAGUCCAUUCGUCGGCUCAUAGGCGCUGUCUUUGCACGUCAAGACGAUUUUGUUGGCGUUGAGCAGGUGGCGGUACAGCUUUUGCUGCACCGUUUAACUAACAGGCCGCCCUUUGAUUGGGAGAGUUUUCGUAGAUUGUACAUUCUGCGGGAUGCCGAGCUUUUUGCCGCGACCGCGCUGACUCCACAGUACGGCAUCCUUCGUUACAUGAGCAUUGUACAGGCGUGCGUUGAGGCCUUGUUGGUAACAGAUGAGCCGUGGACGCAGUCGUUGCGACAACGAACAUUUAAGGCGCUCCAUCAAAUAAAUGAGAAGCAGAUGUUGUCCUUCUUUCAAGUUUCUCUGCUUGCAGCGCUUGAGGGAAUGCCGGAGAUGGACCUUGUUGACGAUGCGGUACUGCAACACCGGGCCGUGGUAACGCACCUCAUCGUCGAGCAUGAUAACAGUAAUAAUAUGCCACCGCCAAGCUUUCUUCGCAUUCUUUUGGCACAUGGAUACACUCUUCCACGCAUGGGUCACGGUGUGCUGAAGAGAAACUCUAUCUUGUCGCUCUUACGAGCCAUUUUCGAGCAGCUUUUUCAGGUGCCGCUUAUUCAGUUGGGAGAAACAAACAAAUUGACGGACCUAACAUUGAUUCCACCCGUCUUGACCAACCACCUUUUACGGCUGAUUUUAGAUGCCGCCGCUGCCGAUGCCGAGACAGCUCAUGAAGUGUUGUCGGAGGUGCACCGGGUUACAGGAAUUAUUUACGAGGCUAACACCUCACAGUGUGCCUCCCUCUUAUCCGCGCAGAAGAUGCCUGUGCCGCUUAGACGCAUUUCAGUUUCGGCAAUGCGGUUACUCUUUAUGUUCUUUGAGUCCAAUGCGAGCCUUUACACUAACAAUCAUUCGAUGGCCCUGGAGUCCCUUGGAAGGGUGUAUGCGGUCUUAGCGUUUUACAGCUCUGCGAAGAAGAACGUCACGAAGAUCGAAAAGAGUGCGACGAUGCGAAUGAUUUCAAAGGUGAGCAUGCAGUUGUUGGCUCUUACGCAGAUGAUGAGGGCAGGGAAGCUUGAAUCCUUUUUUGUUGACGUGGUCCUCCCCUGUACCUCCACGGAGAAGUUGCAACAGAAAAAUCGUCAGCAGUACGCACUACAGGAGGCGUAUUUACGAGCCUUUGCAUCCUCUGCAGUUGCUUUUGCAAUGGAUGAAAUGACAAUGUUGCGACACUGGGUGGAUACAUCCCUUCGCUGCAUAAGAAAUCCACUUAGUGGGGCCCUCUCUCUUGCAGGGUUAAACUUUUUCUCUGCCGCAUUCCUUUCGAAACGAGCCAUUGCACCCCUUUUUGUGCCAACCUACGUGGCGCUGAUGGUCCCAGUUACUAACAGCAGGCGAUAUAAUGAACCGUCGCUGCUUCUGGUGCGCCACUUUGCCAGGGGUGUGCGGGCAAUAUGUCAGGGAGUUGAGGAAUGUGAUGAAGAGCUGCUGACGAGGAUGAUGCAGAACCCAAAUUCCACUGUAAACAAAUUCUUGUCGGAAUUUUAUGGCGAGGGAAAAACCAAGCCAACAUUAGAUGGAGUUCGACCCCUCAGUUGCGUCCUUCUCGUUGUGUCUUCUCUCUUUGAUAAGGUGUGUUUUAUUCUUGGGCACACCGCGGCGGCGGACACUUCCUCCAGGCAGGAGCGAAUUGCCCGUUUCCAGGCGUAUUUCUCCGCUCUCAUUAAUUUGCUGCAGUGCCGCUCACGUACUGUGCUUCAUCGUGUGUGCGCCUCCGUAGAAGCUGUUGUUCUGGAGCACCUGCGCGGUGUUCCGAGGGCCCAGUUGCAAUGGAUGAAGUACGUCACUGCCACCGUGGACCUCAUUGAGGGGACAGGCAAGAAGGAGUUGGUGGAAUGGCUUUUUAAGUUGAAGGAAAAGGCAGCUAAAGUGAUUCCCCAUUCCAGGCUCUAG